AUGGCAACCAGAUUGUUUGACAAAGUUCUGAACUGCAGUCCUAAUUUAUGUCGUCAUGACAGUCGACCAUCAUCGCGUGAACUUAACUUACUAGAUCUCAGUUCGGACGCAUUGGUAGCAUGGGAUACAGAUCAUUCAGCAGAUCUAAACUAUUAUGUAGAAUUAGCACAUCGUAUUGCAUCGACAUUCGAUGAUGCUGAUCAAUUGAUUCUUUUCGAUGAUAUUAGUAUUGUUAUAUCGGACACACAACGUCCCAUGAUUCUGGGUAUGCGUGGUUUUGAUCGAUCAUUAUUACCAGGUCUUUGGCUAUCGACCGGAUUUCGUCGUAGUGGUCGAAUAUUAGUCUAUGCACCACCGAAUACGAUUGAAAUGAGCACCUAUUUAACAUUGAAAAAAUUAAUUGAACAACAUCUUCAACGAAAAGUUCCUAUUGAAAUUUUAUACGAAGAUUCUGCUGAUCAAUUACAUGAAAUUAUCGAUGGUGCUCGUCGAUCAUUUGUUUUUUCUUAUGAAAUAACUGAAUAUCAUCAUCGUGAACUUCAGCCAUUUACUGACCGAUUAUUAUUACCUGAUCUACCGACAAAUCAAGAACGUCGCAUCGCCUAUCUACGAGAAUAUAUUGAAGCAGAGGUUGUUGGUGAAUCAUUACCAAUAUUCGCAGUUGUUGAAAAGUUUAUUGAACCUCAGAAACGUUCGGGUAAUAUUGAUGCUGAUUAUACUGUUUGUGGUUUUGUACUUAAUGGAAAAUUUUUUCCAACAUAA